AUGGAGAAUCUAUGGACUCGUCGAACCAACUCGUCAAAGCUUUCCCUCACUACGCCUUCCAAUGGGGCCAACGGCUUGGGGGGAGGUGAUCCCGCCUCCCGCAGUGCCACGGUAAAGUCGUCGCAUGGCAAAUCGAAUCCUUUUAACAGCACCCCGGGGAGUGCGCUGGUGUCUCCGACGGGGGGAGCGUCCAGCGCCUUUGGUCUGGGCUCGGGGGCUUUUGCUUCGUUUGGCUCGUUUGGCUCUGCGAAAACGCCAAAGUCCGGCGGGAACCCUUUUGAAACCGCGAUGGGCUCGGCCGUCGCCAAGCAAAACGCCUCCAAGGACGCGGUGAAGCCCGUGGCCAGACCACCCAACAUGGCGCCCAUUUCCGAGUCGAAGGCCGCGGAGCCGCUGCCCGGGGUCACACAGAUACACAUGCUGAAAGACGCAUGGUCGUUCUGGUACAGGCCCCCGAUCUCGAAGGCGCAUGGUUUCAUCGAGUAUGAGAAUACACUGCACGGCAUCGCCACGGUGCGGUCGGCGGAGGAGUUUUGGCAGAUCUACUCCCACCUCAAGCGGCCGUCAAGCCUGCCCGUCGUGUCCGACUACCACCUCUUUAAAAAGGACAUUCGGCCAAUAUGGGAGGAUGAGGUCAACCGGAAGGGAGGCAAGUGGGUUGUUCGCCUUAAGAAGGGUGUGGCAGACCGGUACUGGGAGGAUCUGCUGCUGUCCCUCGUCGGCGACCAAUUCGGCGAUGCCGGAGAGGACGUCUGUGGUGCCGUCUUGAGCAUGCGCAAUGGCGAGGAUAUCUUGAGCAUCUGGACCCGAACUGACGGCGGUCGCGUGCUCAAGAUCCGCGAGACUAUGAAGCAGGUUCUCAACUUCCCGGCAAACACCCGUCUCGAGUUCAAGUCGCAUGAUUCUAGUAUCCAGCAGCGAACUGCCAUUGACGAACAACGUCGCGAGAAGGCCAGUCAACAUCACAAUGACAAACGCCACACAACCAACGCAGCCAAGCAGACGUACGAAUAA